AUGCAGCGGUACUGCGGAAGUAGGGCACAUGUCGAUCAGUUUGGACAAGAACACCGUCGGGGCGACGAAUGGCUGGUCACGUCACAGAAUGUGGACAGUUACAUUUGCGACGUUCAUCAGGAAGUCGUUGGCCAAGUGCAUAUCACUGUACUCACAGCACAUCAGUACUGUGUGAUCGAAAAUCCGAUAGGUGCAGAUGGAAAGCCUCAAUUCGGUCAGAAAAAGCUAGUACGCGGUGAAGGGACAUUUUUUGUUCGUCCCGGUGAAAGUAUACCCUCCGGUGUGCUCAAUGCGCACGUGCUCGAACAUGAUGAAGGUCUGAUACUAUGUGCCCGCGAAAAGUUUGUCGAUGAGAUGUUAGAAGAGGAACAUGGUCAUGAGGCUAUCGGUGUGACAGCACGAAAGGUGAUCCGCCAUCCAGGAGAUCGUUGGAUGAUACGGGGUCCACUGGAAUACUUUCCACCCAUUCAAGUCAACGUAGAGGAAUUUCGUCGUGCUAUUCCAUUGGAUCGAAAUGAGGGGAUCUAUGUGCGCAAUAUGCGCACAGGUCGUAUACGUGCUGUGAUUGGCCACGCUUAUAUGCUCACACACGAGGAGGAGCUGUGGUCGAAACCAAUCCCUCCUGAUGUGAUCGAAUUGCUUGCUCCGGAUCGUGAUCCGUUACCGGAUCGCAAUUUGUUUGCUCGAGUCAGUGCGGAGAUGGCUCCGAAAAUGGCUCCGCGGGGGCCGGAUCUAACUCGGGUAAUCACGUUCCAAGUUCCACACAAUGCCGCAGUUCAAAUAUACGAUUAUUUAGAAAAACGUUCCCGGGUGGAAUUCGGUCCAACUUUGGUUAUGCUUGGUCCAGAGGAGCAGUUUACUAAACUGAGUCUAAGUGGUGGACGACCGAAGCGACCUCAUAUGAUUCAGACGCUGUGUCUAAUGCUCGGACCAGACUUUUUCACCGAUGUUAUUGUGGUGGAGACAGCUGACCAUGCUCGGCUAUCGCUUCAAUUGUCCUACAACUGGCAGUUUGUCGUACCCUCUCCUUGUCCAAAAGAAGAGGCCACUAAGUUAUUCUCUCUGCCGGAUUUUAUUGGUGACGCGUGCAAAGCAAUGGCAUCACGGAUUCGAGGCACGGUUGCAGCAGUGAACUUCGACCAGUUUCAUAAACACUCUGCGCAAAUCAUCCGCGCGUCUGUGUUCGGAGUGGACGAGAACGAUGAGAUCCGUGAUCGAUUUGUGUUCCCGCAGAAUAAUUUGCACAUCACGAGCAUUGAUGUACAGUCAGUCGAACCGGUGGAUCAGCGUACUCGAGAUUCGUUACAGAAAUCUGUACAGCUAGCAAUCGAAAUUACCACUAAUUCCCAAGAAGCUGCCGCCAGACAUGAAGCUGAACGGUUGGAACAGGAAGCACGCGGUCGUUUAGAACGACAGAAAAUCGAAGAUGAAGCUUCUGCCGAAGAAGCUCGUCGUACGUUACUUGAAAAACGUGUUGAGCUAGCUGCGUUGGAAUGUUGUGGUCAAGCGACCGCUGAGGCCAAGAGUCGGGCUGAUGCUGCUCGAAUCGAGGGUGAGACCGCUGUAGAACUGGCCACACUGCGGGCCGAAGCAUCGAAAAUUGAAAUGGAAGCAGAACUCAGUCGUUUGCAGAAAGCACGUGAGGCCGAAUUGGCUUAUAUGAAAGAGAUGGCUGAAAUCAGACGUGCACGUUUGGAUGCUGAAAUGCGUGUGGAGACCACACGAUUCUCGGCCAUGGUUCAGUCGAUCGGUGCGAACACAUUGCGAGCUAUGUCCACGGCUGGUCCUGAACACAAUUUGCGCAUGCUUACCGCACUAGGGUUGCGAAGUGCUUUGAUCACGGAUGGAACCACGCCGGUAAAUCUGUUGAACACCGCGCAUGGAUUAAUCGGCCAGUUAACCCAGUCCACUUCAAUCCAUUCACCGGAGGAGGUCGGAGAAUAA